UUGGCUGCUAUGUGCUUUGAAUGCAGAGCUCAAAAAGACAACGUGCUCCAACCCAAAGGAGAUGUGACUGUUAGUGAGGGAGAGACAGUAACACUGGACUGUCACUAUAACACCAGUGGCUCAAAUACAAAUCUUUUCUGGUACAGACAGGCUGCAGACGACAAGCCCACAUUCAUUCUGAGCCGCUUUACUUUUGGAUCAGGGGACACAGUGGACGGGUUCAAGGAGAGAUUUGAUUCCAGCCUGGAUUCCAGCUCAAGAUCAGUUCCUCUGAAGAUCCAGAGUCUGCAGCUGUCUGACUCUGCUGUGUACUACUGUGCUCUGAGGCCCACAUCAGGGGACAAGCUUCACUUUGGCAGAGGGACAAAACUGAUUGUGGACACUGAGGAUAAUUAUGAGCCUUCCUACUACCUUCUAAGUGUCUCUAACGACACACAGGCCUGCCUGGCGGCAGAUUUCACCUCCUACAAGGCAACCCAAGACGUGUUUGGUGAUGCAGCUGAGGCCACCAGACCUGACGAGGACUCCUUCUACAGCCAGGUGGCGCUGUUUCCCCCUGGAACGCUUAACUGCACAGAACCAGAGGAGACAUGUGAUGCUGACAUUUUUGAGCCAGAUGAGAAGGUGAACUUCCUGGCCCUGGUCAUGCAAGGCCUGAGACUGGUCUUCAUCAAGACCGUUGUCUUCAACGUUCUCAUGAUGCUUCAGCUGUGGAGGAGCUACACCCAGUAGACAGAUGGAAGCCACGGCGCCCUCUCUCCAUGAUGCUGAGGACAUGAACCAGUUCUCCAUGUCCACACCUCCUUUGGAAGGAUUGACCCUUGACCUCCUCCCCCGUUGCUUGUAAUGUUGGUGAUACUGGUGUGGACAUAGGAGCUUGUUUUGCUGUUAGAAUCCAGUUGUCCUGGACAGGAGUCUCAGCUGAACAUGUGCAGUGCAGAUGUUAAAUGUAAUUAUUGGUGCAGAUGUGCAGACCCUCCUAAAGACCUCCUCCUCAUGUUCCUUCUGUAGUGAAGAAACACCAAGCCAGCAGCACAGCCGCUCUGCUGUACUCAGCCUCACACCUAAAGCCUUCAUCCCCCCUUCCUCACAUGGCACAUGGCAUGGCUGGAAAGAUGCCAGCACCACAUCUUGUACGGCACAUGUACAUGUACAUGUAUUGUGAUGUGUGUUGUACAGUGUUGUGUUGUUACCUCUGUUCAGUAGCAGUGUGUCACUUUUUAAAUGUUUUAUAUCUUAAACAUCUACCAAUAAACAGGAGG